AUGGCUUACGUUUUAACUGAAACAGCAGCAGGAUAUGCCUUAUUGAAGGCAGCUGAUAAAAAAAUCCACAAAUCUUCUUCUUUAGUUGAAGACUUGAACACAGCCGAAAAAGUUGCUGAACAAUUCAAAAUUCACCGUUUUGAAAAAUUUCAGUCAGCAGCAAAUGCAUUAGAAGAGGCUAAUGCCAUUAUUGAAGGUAAAGUUUCAGAAAAUUUACAAAAAUUAUUAGAAGAUGCCAAAUCAGAUAAAAAGGCUACUUUGAUUGUCUCAGAAGCCAAAUUGGGUAAUGCUAUCAAUAAAUUGGGUUUGAACUUUCAAGUUGUAAGCGAUGCUGCAUCUUUGGAUUUACAAAGAGCCAUCAAACAAUUUUUGCCAGAAUUAUUACCUGGUUUGGAUGAUUCAGCAUUAAAACAAAUGUCUUUGGGUUUAGCUCACUCUAUGGGUCGUCAUAAAUUAAAAUUCUCUGCCGAUAAGGUAGACACCAUGAUUAUUCAAGCUAUAGCCUUAUUGGAUGAUUUAGAUAAAGAGUUAAAUACCUAUGCCAUGAGAUGUAAGGAAUGGUACGGUUGGCAUUUCCCAGAAUUGGCCAAAAUGAUUACUGAUUCUGCUGCAUACGCUAGAAUUAUUUUGACCAUGGGUGUUAGAUCUAAUGCUUCUGAAACCGACUUAUCUGAAAUCUUACCAGAAGAAGUUGAAGAACAAGUCAAAGCUGCUGCUGAAGUGUCUAUGGGGACUGAAAUCACUGAAGAUGAUUUGAAUAACAUAAAGGCAUUGGCCGAGCAAAUUGUUGAUUUUGCUGCUUACAGAGAACAAUUAUCCAAUUACUUGUCUUCUCGUAUGAAAGCUAUCGCACCAAAUUUGACUGCUAUGGUUGGAGAAUUAGUCGGUGCUAGAUUGAUUGCUCACGCAGGUUCAUUGACAUCAUUAGCUAAAGCCCCAGCUUCAACUGUACAAAUUUUGGGUGCCGAAAAGGCUUUGUUCAGAGCUUUGAAAACCAAACAUGACACACCAAAAUAUGGUAUAAUCUACCAUGCUUCAUUGGUUGGUCAAGCCAGUGGUAAAAACAAAGGUAGAAUUGCUAGAACAUUAGCUGCUAAGGCUGCUGUGUCAUUGAGAUACGAUUGUUUUGACGAAGAAAGAGACGAAUCAGAUGACUUUGGUUUAGAAAACAGAGCCAAGGUUGAAGGUAGAUUGAGUCAAUUGGAGGGACGUGAUAUGAGAACCACCUCUAAAGUUGUGAGAGAACAACCAAAAGUGGAAAUAACCGAAGCCCGUGCUUAUAAUGCAGAUGCCGAUUCUACUGCUGCUGCAGCUGCUGCUGCCCCAACUGCUGAUUCAGACGACGAAGAGUCCGAGACAGAAGAAGUUGAAGAAAAGAAAUCUAAGAAAGAUAAAAAGAAGGAUAAGAAAGAAAAGAAGGAUAAGAAGAAGGACAAGAAGAGAAAGAGAGAUGACGAUAAAGAAGAUAAAGAAUCUUCUAAAAAACUGAAGAAGGACAAAAAGGAAAAGAAAGAGAAAAAGGAAAAGAAAGCAAAGAAGGAAAAGAAGUAA